UGAUUAUGGACGGCGGCCGCACGGAGGUCAUGGUACACACUCUGCACCGGGAUGGGGUACGACCACACUCCCCCUCCCCGCGCACUGCUUCGGCCGCCGGCGGAGGAGCAACACGGUUCCGUUCGGGGCGGAGGAGACGGCCGAUAGCUCUGAAGUUCGCGUGUCGACCGGGGCUCGUCGAAGCGGUCGUUUGUUCAGGUUAUCGUGCGGCUAAUUCGCCAGGACCAUGGUGUCCACUGGCACGGGCGCGUCCGACGAUUCGGAGCCAGUCGAUCGGCACACUGCGGGAGACAGUGCUGGUCAGCCGGAACGGGACCUUCAGUCGGCAGCGGCGGCGGGCCCGGCUGGCCAGCGCGCCGGCCAGUCCUCGGACCACGCUCCAGAUAAGUCAGCAGAGCCGUCGGAGCAGUCCUCGGAUCAGUCCUCUUAUCAGUCCUCAGAUAAGUCCUCUAACCAGUCCUCAGAUAAGUCCUCUAACCAGUCUUUAGGUGAGUCCACUACUAAGUCUUUGGAGCAGCCUCCGGAAAAGUCGUCUGAUCAGCUACCUACUCAGUCCUCAGAUAAGUCCUCAACUCAGUCCCCGGACCAGGCCUCAGCUAAGUCCUCCAGUCAGUCUUUGAAACAGUCCUUGGAAAACUCGUCUCAUCAGCCCUCUCAUUCCUUAGAUCCGUCCUCAAAUCAGUCCCAUGACCAAACCUCAGAUAAAACCCAAAAUCCACCACCGGAGCAGCCGCUAAAUCAAAUAUCUAACCAGUCCUUAAUCGAAACCUCUGAUCAAUCCUCUGAUCUUUCUCCUGGGCAGUCAUCUGGCGAACCCAUCAGCCAACCCUCUGCCCGAUCCUCUAGUCAGCUGGCUGAAAAGCCUUCACAGCAAUCUUCUGAAGACACCCCAGAGAAGCCUUCUACCCAGUCCUCUAUCUCUAGCGCCGCCCUUUCCACCGAUCAGGCAGGUUCCGUAGUCAUCCAUUCAAGUGUCACUACCACUCAACCUCAUUUGCUACCUGGGCAGCCUAUUCCUUUACCUAAACACCCAGAUUCUUUAAUUGUUCAGGCUGAUAAUUCCCCUGAACAAUCUGGCACACCCAGUCAGUCAGAUUCCUAUCCUGGACAUCUUGAGACUCUCCUCGAAGAGCCUGACCUAUCACCUGGACAGCCUGUGUCCUUACCCGGGCAGUUCGACCCCUCGCCUAGUCAAAAUGACCGCGUAGGUAAACAGCCUGUCUCAUUCUCUGGAGAACUUUCCACCGUCGCCACCGUCGAACAGCUCCUUCCAUCCUCUGCUGAAGCGUCGUCAGCUUCUUCGUCGUCGCGACCGACGCGCAGUCCAAAGCCGCCGAAGAUCCGCAUCACCCGGCCUCCGCGCGAGUCCUCUGUGUUCGCCUCGCUGCUGCCGGGCCGGUCGCGCGCCGGACCAGUGGCGGAGAGUCGGGCCAAGUAUCGUGCCCCGACCGUCCCUCGCCUGCCAGCUGUCAUGUCCGGAAGAAAAACGGCGUUCGGCGGCGACUCUGCUGAUCCCGCUCGGCAGAGGACCUCUGUGUUCGACCGGCUGUCGCGGCCGGACACGAGGUCGCGUGGCAGGAGCAGUGUUGUGCAGGAGCGGCCACAGCCGCCUGCGGUGGCAGCGACGUCAACUGACGAGACAAGCCGACCACGUGCUGAAGAGCUGUAUGACCGUCUCAUCAGCGGCCGUUCCCUGCACGACCAGCCAGACUCUUCCAGCAAGGAGAUCUUGGCUCCGCGCAUGGUGGCUGCGACGGUCAGUGUGACAGAGGAGAAGCCGGCGACGCCGCCCAGACUUGUUCCGCCGCUGCCGAGACAGCCGACAGUUGCCAGCAUCAGCAUCGAAGAUGAGACGCGCGCGGCAGUUCGUCAGGCGCAGGGGCCGUCAACGAAACAGGCUGCGGCAACGAGAGGCAGCGUAUUCGACAGGCUGUACGGAGCCAAAACAGGCAGAGUCAGAGGCGGAGCGAAAGGUGAACAGAAUGAUGGCGGUGUCGCAGUUGCAAGUGGAGCGGCCGCUCAAAAUGGAUCGGAAGGGAAGGAUGCGAAGGAAAAUGAAAAGAGUCAGGCAGCUAAUGGUCGCAAAGGCAAUGCUGAUGCUGGGAAAGGAAAAGACACUGCCACGAAGGACAGUCGUACAAAGAAGGAAAAGACAGCUAAAACUGAGGCAGAAACAGCCGAUGAAACCGACAACACCACGACUGACGACAAGAAGGAGCGAAAACGAGACAAGCAAAGCUCUAUCUACGACAGGCUUUUCGCAGGCAAACCGGCAGCAACUACCAGCGAGCGCACUUCGCUGGUAGAAGAAAGGGAAACUGCGAAACGUCAGGAGGCCAAGAAACGCAUCAACAAGCGAAAAAUACAGCCGAAACCUGAGAAGCGUCCGACGGAGGUACCGAAGCGCGCUCCAAGAGCUCCCGCUCGUCGUCAGGGAGGCAGCGUGUUUGACCGCCUUUACCGCGGCGUGCCGGUACACGCCACCCGCGACAGUGAUCUUCUGACACCCGAAGGAACCACUGAUCAGUCGCGGACCCGCCGUCGCAGCAGUGACGCCAGCGCCAGCGACCAGGACAGCGAGCCUGAGACCCGACCACGCUCCAAGUCGCCGGUGAAGCGCUCCUCGAGCGGCAUCCACAUGGCGGACGUGGCGCUGGUGUCUGCGGGCGAGGAGAGCCGCCUCCAGCCGGGCGUCCUGCCGCACGUGAAGCGCACCAAGGCCUUCAGCAUCUUCGGCGUGCCGGUGGUGUUCCCGGGCCGGCUUUUCGGCCGCCGGAAGCGGGAGGACGGCGACGUGGAGAGCCUGCGUGAGAAGGGCCCGCAGCUCGACCCGAGCAUGGUGAACACCACCUCGAUGGCCCGCGGCGCCAUCCCAGUUCUGCCCCGCUCCGCCGCCUACCUUUGUCUGCUGCUCAACAUCUUUCUGCCGGGUCUGGGGACGGCAGCUAGCGGCCUGCUCGUGCACUGCAUGGGUCGCACUCGCUAUUCGGUAGAGACGACCAAGCAGGACCGUUGGGCGAGCACGUGCACCAACCUGGUGGUGGCGCUGAUGCAGCUGUACACGCUCACCUUCUGCCUGGUCGGCUGGUUCUGGAGCGUCGGCUGGGGGGUCAUCAUGGUGACGGUGGCUGACCAGCACCGCUCGCUGCAGAGCAUGAGCGCCGAGGAGCGCGCCGCCCAGACACGCCGCACUUCGUUCCAGCAGCUCAUCAGCAGCGACUGAACGGCGGAGGGCCAGGCGCGGCACGGUAGUGGAACGGCCCCCAGACGGCAGCAGAGCGGCGUCCCAGCGCGCGAAGUCGCGUGACACCACCACCACAACAGUGUGUAUGUCACUACGUGCACCACAUAUCUACAUAUAUGUAGACGUUUGGAAAUAGAGAACUAUUUUGUGAUCAUGCGAUAGUGCAAGUUGCUUGGAAUCAGUAAACUAAUAGCUAGUUUUAACCCUCGCC